CCCUCGGGAGACUGGAGGCGUACAGGCCCCGCCCACCGCUCCUCUGGGCUUCCCUGCCCUCGCCCGUUGUCAUGGCAGCAAGGGGGCGCGACUGACGUGCGACGGCGUUUCCGGGAAGAUGGCGGCCGUGGAAGUGUCUACUGAGCAGGGAAGUGUGGUGACGGCCUUCGAGCCAAAGGCGAAGGACGAAGAAGAGGAAGAUGAGGAGUCGCUGCCACCUUGCGAGGCCGUGCGCUGGGCUCCAGUGGGGGCGGUGGCCGAGGCCGGGCCUGGGGCGGCGGCAUUCUCGGAGGAGGCGGCAGCCGAGGAGCCUGGAGCGGCUCCGGGCUCUCCUCCCGACGCGACCGUCCGCACGCUGAGGCGACUGCAAGCCGAGCGGCGACAGCUGGACUCGGCCCUGCUCGCGCUGUCCUCGCACUUCGCGCAGGUGCAGUUCCGUCUGCGCCAGGUAGUGCGCGGGGCUCCGGCGGAGCAGCAGCGUCUCCUGCGCGAGCUCGAAGACUUCGCCUUUCGCGGUUGUCCUCACGUCCUGGGCUACCAGGGACUGGGAGACCCCUGCGGCGACGACGAAGGCGGUGGGCUUCCGGAGGACCGGCCACGAGUGCGGGGCGAGGACCAGGGCUUGAGUGAGCAGGAAAAACGAGAGCGCCUGGAAACCCAGAGGGAGAAGCAGAAAGAAUUGAUUCUGCAGCUCAAGACCCAGCUUGAUGACCUGGAAACCUUUGCAUAUCAGGAGGGCAAUUAUGACUCCCUGCCGCAGUCCGUGGUCUUGGAAAGACAGCGGGUGAUCAUCGACGAGUUACUAAAGAAACUGGAUGUGAAUCUGAAUGAAGAUAUUAGUUCCCUGUCAACCGAGGAGCUUCGUCAGCGUGUGGAUGCCGCAGUGGCUCAGAUUGUCAACCCAGCCCGGGUGAAAGAACAGUUGGUUGAGCAACUGAAAACCCAGAUCCGAGACCUUGAGAUGUUCAUCAGCUUCAUCCAAGAUGAAGUGGGAAGCCCCUUGCAGACAAGUGGACCCUGUGAGUGCAAGGCCAGCGGGAAGACAGGAGAUAGCUCCACCAGGAUGGGCAGCAGCACUCUGCCCCCAGGAGCCGGAAAAACAGCAAAGGCAGAAGACGUGAAGAGAGCCCGGGAAACGGGGCUACACCUGAUGCGUCGAGCGCUGGCUGUGCUCCAGAUCUUUGCUGUUAGCCAGUUGGGCUGUGCCACAGGCCAGAUCCCUCAGUCCUUGUGGCAGAGGGGCCAGGCAGACAGAGACUACUCGCCCUUACUGAAAAGGCUGGAGGUGUCAGUGGACAGAGUGAAGCAGCUAGCCUUGAGACAUCAGCCACAUGGCCAUGUCAUCACUUCGGCCAACCUCCAGGACCUGUCUCUAGGAGGCAAGGACGAGCUGACCAUGGCUGUGCGGAAGGAGCUGACAGUGGCUGUGAGGGAUCUGCUGGCCCAUGGUCUAUAUGCCUCCUCCUCUGGGAUGAGCCUUGUCAUGGCCCCCAUUGCUUGUCUGUUGCCAGCCUUCUCCUCAGCCCCCGAGGCCAUGCACCCCUGGGAACUCUUUGUAAAGUACUAUCAUGCCAAGAAUGGCCGUGCAUAUGUGGACUCCCCGGCCCGGAAACUCUCACAGUCCUUCGCCCUUCCUGUAAUGGGUGGCAGCGCUGUGACCCCCAAACAGAGCCUUCUGACCGCCAUCCACCUGGUGCUGACAGAGCAUGACCCGUUCAAACGCAGUGCGGACUCGGAGCUAAAGGCAUUAGUGUGCAUGGCACUAAAUGAGCAGCGCCUGGUGUCCUGGGUGAACCUCAUCUGCAAGUCAGGGUCCCUCAUCGAGCCCCAUUACCAGCCCUGGAGCUACAUGGCCCACACAGGUUUCGAGAGUGCCCUCAACUUGCUCAGCCGCCUCAGCAGCCUCAAGUUCAGCCUUCCUGUAGACUUGGCGGUGCGCCAGCUCAAGAACAUCAAGGAUGCCUUUUGAUGAGAACCCCGACCUUGGGCCCCCACCGCCUUGCUCUGAAGAGGUAGAGGACCCAGUGUUGUACAGUACAAGCCGGGGAGCUAGAGGGAUGGUUAUAAACAUCUUCUUAAACCCUUUCCUGGUGGUCAGCCAAAUGGAGGCAAAGUCUGUUUUCCUCUUAGCGUAUUAGAAAGAUGUGCCAGAGACUGUCAUCAAACAUUGUGUCAGGGGCCUGAGAGAUGGCUCAGCAGGUAAAGAUGCUUGCUGUCACACCUGACAAGCUGAGUGAUUGAUGCUGGGGACCCACAUGGUACAAGGAGAGACAGUCCUCUCACAAAUUGUCCUCAUACCUCCACACAUGAACUGUGUGCACCCCUGCCCAAACACAAAUCAGUUGAAUGAUAAAAUCUGGAAAAGAGUCAGGACUAGAGGUGCUGUUGCUCAGGGGUGUGUGUCUGUUUUCCAAGCACACAGCCACGCUGAGGACAUUGAAAGCCAGCAGAGAGGCGCCCCAGCCCACCACAGUGUACCUGUUCCACUGCGUCAGCAGAUCAGUUACCACACAUAGCUGAUGCCCGACUCACUGUGGCGUGGCUGACUUUAGAAAACGCAGGUUGGGCCCCCAUCUCUUCACGGCAGCAAGUCACUGUGAGGAAGUUCUGGAAGACACUGAGCUUGAGGCUCCUGCUAAUUCAGUUGGGAGCAGUCGUCUCCUUCUGAAGCAGCUGAGAGAGUCCUAGGGCCAGAACUAUAAUUCCAGUUAAGAACUCUGAUUCCCUUUCUCCUAAGGGACUUUUAGUGUCAGUCUAAGAUGAGAACAGAAAUCUCCCUGCUGAGGUAAUCCUCACACAGACAGUGCUCUUCCAGUUACGAAGAACGACACCUGAUGUCAGGUACUAUCUCUGGAAAGUCACUUUCCUCUGUGACACUCUCAGGACUGACAGUCUUUGGAAAUGAAAGCAUUCAGAAAAAUGCUUGUCACUCAAGAGCGCAUAGUACACACAGUGACAAGUGGCACGGUCCCCUUGUGACCCGCUGGCACCCCUUGACCUGAAGAAUGUCUGACAGGGAAGGUGCUCAGCAGCAGGCCUGGGGAUUAUUACUGAUCUCCAUACAGGCCACACUGCACGUCUGUGAAAGUGACUCCCCUGUCUUUCAGCUGGCAACCUGCACAUGUUCCUGCACUCACCGAAGAUGUGUGCACUAAACUGCCAAGUACACUUUAACUUGUUUUAGUAACGUGUCACCUAUGAUGCAUCAUUGACAUUUAAUGGAAAUAAAUGCAGUUUCCCUAUGAAGCACAAUAGUGUUUCAGAGCUUGGGAUGCAAGCCUGGCCUGUCUGGGCCUUGUUCAAUCCUCAGCACCACCCCCACGGAAAAAAAGAUAAUUGUAAAAUAUCAUAAACAAUGAUUUAUCUGUGGUCGGUAAUAAAAUUACAAUAUUUUGUGUAGCUUCUCAGCAAA